UCACUCAGAUUCACCUAAUAUAAAAACUUAACCUGAUUGUCUGACAUCAACUUUUGCCGUACAAAAGGUUGUUUGAGUGAGUGAGAGAAUCAUUGUUCAAGAACUGAAGAAAAAUAAUAAUGGCCAUGAUCAUGAGCAUGAUGAGGGUUGCAUUUGAUAUCCCAUCUGAUAUGGAAAAAAAUAUGGCUCAUGAUCAUGCACAGGUUGUUCCUAUAACACUCUUUGUCGCUGUUCUUUGCCUCUGUUUACUCAUUGGUCACUUGCUUGAAGAAAGUCGAUGGGUUAAUGAAUCUAUUGUUGCCAUUUUUGUUGGGUGCAUUGCUGGAGUGGUUAUAUUGUUAAUAACUCAGGGAAAAAGUUCUCGAAUCCUUACAUUUAAUGAAGAAGUAUUCUUCAUAUAUCUCCUUCCUCCUAUAAUAUUCAAUGCAGGAUUUCAGGUGAAGAAGAAACAGUUCUUCCACAACUUUUUGACCAUCAUGCUGUUUGGAGUGGUCGGUGUUUUCAUUUCAACAUCUAUUAUUACUGGUGGCAGCUGGUGGCUGUUUCCCAAGUUGGGCUUCCCUUCCCUUACAGCGCUAGAUUAUCUCGCUUUAGGAGUAAUUUUCUCCUCAACCGACACAGUAUGUACGCUACAGGUUCUUAAUCAAGAAGCUACUCCUUUACUAUACAGCUUAGUCUUUGGGGAAGGAGUGGUAAACGAUGCAACAUCAGUUGUACUCUUCAAUGCAGUCCAAAAGCUUGAUGUUUCAAGACUUGACGGCAAGGCAUUCCGUGUUAUCGGUGAUUUCUUGUAUCUAUUCGCAGCAAGCACUGCGCUUGGAGUCAUAGCUGGACUUGUCACAGCAUAUAUCUUGAAAGCGUUAACCUUUGGAAAACAUUCAAGUGUUCGUGAAAUUUCAAUGAUGAUGUUAAUGGCAUAUCUAUCCUACAUGCUGGCAGAGCUACUUCAACUAAGUGGAAUCCUCACUGUUUUCUUUUGUGGAAUAUCAAUGUCACACUAUGCAUGGCAUAAUGUGACUGAAAUUUCAAGAACCACAACCAGGCAUGUGUUUGCAACAAUGUCGUUUAUUGCGGAAACCUUCAUAUUUCUUUAUGUGGGUAUGGAUGCCCUUGACAUUGAAAAGUGGAGGAUGACCCAUUUAAGAUUUGGAAAUUUGUUGGGAAUUUACAGUUGCUUAAUCUUCUUAAUAUUGCUGGGGAGGGCUGCAUUUAUAUUCCCCCUCUCCGCACUUGUCAAUUAUAUGAAUAGGCGCGUCGAAGAAACACCGGGUAUCACAUUACAACACCAGAUAAUCAUUUGGUGGGCUGGACUAAUGAGGGGAGCAGUCUCCAUCGCUUUGGCUUUCAAACAGUUCACCUUCUCUGGGGUUACUUCAGACCCGGUUAAAGCGACAAUGAUUACCAACACCAUUAUUGUUGUACUUUUCACUACACUGGUGUUUGGUUGUCUCACAAAACCACUUAUUAGAUAUCUUCUUCCCCACCAUGUAAGAAGGAUAAACACCAGACAUGAAGAAUCAUCGGAGCCGGGGUCACCAGUUGGGGACUUGAAUCUACCUUUGCUAUCCUUCCAUGAGUCAACAGAAACCAACAUUAGCCGCGCAAAGGAAAGCCUAUCCAUGUUAAUAGGAAGUCCUGUGUACACCAUACAUUACUAUUGGAGGAAGUUUGAUGAUGCGUACAUGAGACCUAUAUUUGGAGGACCUUGCUCUAACCCUGACACUUUAGAGUGCUAGCAAAGCAAUUCAACAAAUCAUAUUGGAUAUCUAAGAGAUGCACUUGAAAGUUGGAAAACAAAUGAUGAACUUCUAUAGUCCAUUUUUGAAGAUUAAGCGGCUUCAACGCGCAUUCAACGCCACUGUUUUGGAAUGCAGUAGCAACUCAGGGACGAAUAUCACAUAAAAGCGUGAACUUGAAGCUCUAAGGUAGUAGUUAGUUUCUUAAGACAUCAAUGGUUUUCUAUAUACCAUCUCCUUGUGUUUCUAAAUGUGCUUUCAUGCGGAUUUUAUAGAAGUCAAUAUUCUCUAGAAAAUAGAGGGGGUUUGUUGCUACUACCACCAUCUUUGAAAACCGGGUUUGCGCUUGCGGAAGCCAUCUUCUGGAUCUAAGGAGCAGGUUACCAAUAACCCGCUCUUAUGCCAAAUAUAAGUUGAAUAUGCGCCUAAGAGAGGGGUGAAUUAGGUUCUUUGAACACUUUUUCCGGUUUUAUGAAAAUUUGUUCUUUCU